AUGCAAGCAAGUAUAACAUCUAUAGUGCCGUUCGAUCGAGAACGUGUAGGGAGGCCAGAGCAAUCUGGCUGCGUAUGUGAUGGGGGAGAGGUAGUGUUCCUUCCUUCCUUCCUUCCUUCCUUCCUUCCUUCUUUUAAGCUGUCUGUCCUAAGACCUUCCUUUUUGUAUUGGAUUAAUUUCCCUUCUGCCUUCCUUCCUAUUAGUGCCCCUUCCUUCAUUUUUUCUUUCAAGCUGUCUGUCCUAAAACCUUCCUUUUUAUUAGAUUUAUCUCCCUUGUUUUCCUUCCGUCCCUCGUUUGUUCCUUCCUAUUGGGUUUGUGUUAAUUCCUUUCUUCCUUCAAACUGUCUAUCCUACCAAUGUCCUUUCUUAUUGGUUUUAUCUUCUUUCUCCCGUCCUUCCUUCAUAUCUUCUUUCCAUGUACCUCCCUCGUUUCUCCUUUUUCUCCUACCAUUUUCCUUUUUUAUUGGAUUUAUUUCCCGUCUGCUUUCCUUUCUUCUAUUAGAUCCGUAUCCAUCCCUCAUUCAAACUUUCAGUCAUAAAACCUUCCUUUUUUGUUUGAUUUAUCUCCGUUCUGCCUUCCUUCCUUCCUUCCUUCCUUCCUUCCUUCCUAUUAAAUCUGUCUCCCUUCCUUCAAGAGCCUUCAUCCUUUCCUUCCUUCCUUCCUUCCUUCCUUCCUUCAAACUUUCUGUCAUACCACCCUCCUUUUUUAUUGAACUUAUCUCCGUUCUCCGUUCUCCUUUCCUUCCUUUUUUUCUUCCUUCCUUCCUUCCUUCCUUCCUUCCUUUCUUUCUUUCUUUCUUUCUUUCUUUCUUUCUUAUUAGAUCAGUCUUUCUGACCAAUCACCUUCCUUUUUACUGGAUUUAUGUCUCUUCUAUCUUCCUAUCUUACUCCCUAUUAUCAGUACCUCCUUCCUUCCUUCAAUCGGAUACGUCUCCAUUCUAUUCAUCUUUUUAUUUUUCCUGUCUUACCUUCUUUGUCUUUCUCGACGUCCUUCGUUCUUUCUUUCCCACUUUCUUUUUUUUCUUUCUUUCUCACCUUCCUUCUUUCUUUACAUCUAGAGUGCCUAUUUCCUUGGCUUUCCUUCCUCUAUUUCCUUCUUCUUUCUUUCUUUCUUUCUUUCUUUCUUUCUCCCUUCCUCUAAUGAGAAAAGUCGCCAUUUUAUGCAUUUUGCUUUUUCCUCUCAUUGUCUGCUUGCUUUACUUACUUCUUUCGUUUUCGGUUACUCAUCUUGUUGACGGCGUCUUUUCUUGUCUGAUCGCCUUCAUUUUUUCGUUUCUUUCCUUCCUUCAUUCUCAGUGUCUCCUCCAUUUUUUUUUUUUUUUACUAGAUUCUUUCAUUCUCUCUUUCUUUCACUCCUUCUUUUUUACCAGGUGUUUCGAUUUCACAUUAGAAAACAGAAUUUAA